UGUUUACGUUUAGCUUUCAUUUAGUUGUAAUCGGUUCGCCGGGUUGUGUGGUCGGAUGUGGCGUCAAACUCGUCGAGAGAUUGUGAUUUUUUCGUGCGGAGUUACGAUAUAUUAUUAUUUUUCUUUUCGUAAAUCGUGAUCGUAAUUUUUUAAUUUUUUAAAAUAUUUUAAUUUUAAUGGUUAUUUGCGUCGUUGUUGAUUGUAAAUGUUUUCGAAUUUUUUAACUUGUUGAUUGUGUUAACAAUAUGUUGAGAAAUUCCAUGUGAACUGAAGUACCAGAAUCAUGAAGCUGUUGCAGUUUUUACUUAUUUACAUCGGAUUAUUUAGAGACGUAUUUCCUCUGCAGUCAUUCGAUCGGAAACCAACGUACACGGAGGUGAACGGCGGAGAAGAUACGAAAUUAAUUUGCGUCGUGUUAAACAAAAAAGGAGAUUGUAAUUGGCAAAAAGACAAUAAACCUGUGCGAAUACAACCGCCAAAAUACGAAUGGGUAGCAACCCAAGGAACAGGAGAUUGCAGUUUAUGGAUUCGCAAAGCGAGUUCGCAAUUCGACGAUGGAAAAUGGGAGUGCCAAGUUGAGCCAUCAGAUUACACCACUCAAGAUGGCUUGUCAUCGGAACCAGCACAGCUGGUUGUUCGAGUUGCACCUCAAAGCCCUCGAAUCGAACAUAAUGCCAUGCCUGUGCUUCCUGACCACAAUGUUACCGUAAAAUCUGGAGAUAGAGCUAUACUGAAGUGUAUCAGCAGAUAUGGCAAUCCACCUGCCAAACUGAAAUGGUUCUUAGAUGAUGAAGAACUCGAUACGAAAAGUAAUCAAACUGAGUUACCUGAAGAAGGCACCAAUAGAACGUUUAUGGCCAUAUCUACCCUGGAAGUAUACGUGAAUAAAUCGCAUCGUGGAAGGACGAUAAGAUGUGUAGCUUUUCACGAGUCAUACGCUUCCAAGUCAAUGUCAGUUAAUGUGAAAUUAGACAUCACAUAUCUACCAGAAGUACAGAUCAAAGGUAUGCCACCCCACGAUCUCGAAGAUGGCAAGGAUACCUUGGUUUUGAGAUGUCUAGCCGAUGCCAAUCCUCCAGCUUCCAUUAUAUGGCAAAAACUCGGUGGUCGAGAUAUCACCAGCUUGACUGAAAUCUUGCAAUUUAGGCCUAUAUCUCAACGUGAAAGUGGGACGUAUAGCUGCAUAGCGAAAAAUUCAGUUGGAUCGAGUCAGCCUGUGACGACUACUUUGGAUGUGAAAUAUGGCCCCAUCAUCAAAAGCGUCGGCCCCGAUAAGCUGACCACAGCCCCUCUGUACUCUUCGACCGAAUUCACAUGCGCUGCUGAUGGUAAUCCGCCACCAACAUACCAAUGGCUGCAAAAAGUGUCUUCUGUCAACGGCGACGGACAAACCACCAUCACAGUCCGUAGCUCGGAGCCAAAGCUGUACUUCAGAAACGUCACGUACGAUUACCAAGGCGAAUACAUUUGCGUGGUUACCAACACGAUAGCAGGAACUGAGAGAAUCGUCCAAAGUCAACCAAUUACCUUACAAGUCAUAGGUGCGCCGCAAGUGUUGAAACACGCGGAACGACAAGAAGUUGUGGUUCAACGAGGCGAAAGCGCUUUAUUAAGGCUUGUGGUUUGCGCCGAUCCACGUCCAAGACGUACUGCCUGGGAAUGGGGUAGUUUACAACUGGAGGCCGGAGCUGGUGUAGGUCGUUACCACGCUGAAGAACUUAAACAGGAGGGCAGAGAAGACUGUUACGAAGCGCGAUUCCAUGUGAACGAAGUAGAUCAUCCGGAUUCGCGCAAUUAUUACCUGACGGUAGAAAACGAACGAGGGCACGAUAAGCACGUGGUUCAUUUGACCGUCCGUGGUUCGUAUACUGAACCCUUACCUAUGAUGACUGUGUUCACUGUGGCCGUUGGCUCGUUGGUGGUUUUCAUGAUCUGCGUACUACUUUCAGUGUAUAUUAUCAAAAGCCAAAAAUGCUGUUUUGCGAGACGAGGUGAUUUCAAACCAGCAGAUUCAGAAAGCGAAAAAAGCGAUAUAAACAAUUCGAACGGACGUAAACCUCCUAAAAUCGAACCAAUGAUCGGAAACGGAGGUCCCAACGACAUGAUGUAUUGCACGUCACCUAUCCGACGGCCGCCACCGCCCCAUACCAUAACGGCGGCCGGAAGUUCGCCGGAAGCAAUGAAGAGAAAACGUAAAACCAUAUACGAAAGUUCGGUCAAGUCGUCCUCCAGAAGCAGAUCCAAGAAACGGAAUACAUUCACAGAUUUGCAAGUACCGGUAGUCAGCAAUAACGGUGCGACGAUGAAUCGCAUGGCCAACUAUAGCAACAGCACUAAGAAAUUAAUACAUAAGAAUAACGAAUACCCGACGUAUUUCUGUCCUUUCGGACAAAUCAAGUAUCCAGACGAAGUGCACUACAACGAUAUGAGAACAUUUCCAAGACACGGUUACCACGCUUACGAUAAGGAUAUAAUUUGACAUGUUGAUUCGUCUUUGGAUACUUUUAAGCCACGUGAGGUUUAAUAAUUUAUACUUCGGAUUUGUUUUUCUUAAUUACCUAAACUUUUUUUUUUUCGUUGUUUCUUCGUAUUUUUUCAUUUUUGCCACUCGCGUUCGCUGUUAUUGUAAUUGUAUUUUUACAAAAUGUAUCUUGGAAGCGGCGAGGAUAAUUGAGUAAGACGGCCAAGUUACCUGAAAUUUUCGAAAUUUACGAGUAUACCUUAUUAUGCCUAUAUCUAUUGAACGAAUGUACCUAUUUGGGAAUCGAACCCGGGUACUGAUCAGUGUAUAAUGGUAUUUUGAUACGCACAAUGAAACAUGGGGCAAAGAGAGUGGAAAGUGGACGACAAUCGAAUGAGAAAAUAUGUUGGCAGAUUUUCACGAAAAAAUGCCUCCUCUAUACCAUUCUACUUAUUUUGCCAUUUUUUUAAAAGGUGCCAUAAUCGAGUGGUUUUUCAUCGUAAGGAAAAAGCCCAAGGUAAAGGUUAUGCAUUUUGAAAUUCUAUUCGAAUUGCGCUUUUUCUGUAGAGUGUUGUUUAACUUAUAUUUUUGGAAUUCUUGUGUUUUUUUUCUUUCUUUCCUUUUUUUAUACUGAUUUUAUUUUUUAUUAUUAUUUUUUUUAAAUGUGUAUGUGUGAUUUAAUGAUGUAAUUUCCGUAUUUAUAUAUUAAUAAAACGUGAUUGUAAAUUAUUGUACAUAUAAUGUGAUGUGUAUUAUGUAUGUAAGUAUACCUACCUACCUACUUACCUACGUAUUUGUAAUUUGUUUAGCGAAUGGAAACAUUAGUCAGUUGAUUUUCUGUAAUAUGGAGAAAUGAUCUGUUUUAUUGUUUUGUUUGUUGUAUUUUCACUAUUUAAACGCAUGUAAAUGAAAAACGAGAAAUAUAAUAGGAUAUUCGUUUACGCGUAAAA